AUGACUGAGGUGUGUGUUGUAGUUUGCAGGCAGGUCGGGCAGCAGGUGUACAGGUUGGCCCUGCAGAGUUUCAAACCCGCCGUCUGUGGCGUCCGCGGCCGUUUGCUUCUGCGAGCUGCUGGGAGUCUGCAGCCUCAAACUGAGGGUCGACGUCAGAGCCAUGCAACGCCAUCUCUGCCAGCACUGGAACCAGCCACAACACACACACUGCUCCCUACACAGCAUCUACACACUCUGGUGUUUAAAGGGGUGAAGCUGGCAGAGGCGGAGCCUGGAGCAGCAGAGGAGCUGAUUGGCUGCCUGGAGGCUGCAGUGACGGACAGUCUGGAGCAGAAGGGCAUCAGCAGGUCGUCCUACGAGGCGGCUCAGGAGUGGGCGUUACCUGUUCAGUUCUGUCAGCUCCACAGUCUGAAGCUCAGCUCUGUUUACCCCGCCCACUGCGCCCAGGACGGACAGUUCAUCCACUUCCUGUUGUUUGUCCAGCUGCACAACUUCCCGCCGCAGCAGGUGAGGUCCCUGGUGGCUCUGUUUGGCCCCGCCCUGCAGGCCCACCUGAGUCUGGCGUUUCAGGACCUGCAGGUGUACAGUCAGAGGAGGAGCUGUGGCUCUGAGGAGCAGCUGCAGUCUCUGAGCACAGAGGCGACUCCUGGGAGUCCGGAGGAGCACCCCAGGGAGCUGUUCCAGGUCCUCCUGCAGAGCCAGGAGGAGGCGUCGCCCUGCAGGUACCUGCUGCAGGAGGCUCUGCUGCAGCGCUGCCCGACGCUGGCCGUACUGGCUGCCUGUCAACAGGGGGUGGAGCUGCUGCCCUGCCUGUGUGUGUGGGUGUUGACCUCCGUCGAUGACAUCACAGUGGGAGAAGCCACCUCCCACCUGGUCGAAGCCCCCCAGCACCACGAGUGGACCCUGCACGACCUGUCAAUCAUCUGGAGGACGCUGCUGGGGCGGGGCUGCAUCAGGCCCCUCCUACGAGGGUUCGAGCUCUUCCAGAGGGACUGUCCUCUGGUGCUGGUGCUGAGGAUGUUCGAGCUGUGUUGCGACUACAGGAACUUCUCUGAGGCCAAAGCGAAGCUGCUGGACUUCCAGAGGAUGCUCAUCGCUCUGAGGAACGGGAGUCCAGUGCCCUCUGGUGGACUCCCUCUGCAGUGGGUGGAGAGCCAGGCCUCGGUGCUGCUCCUCACCAUGCUGCAGCACUGCUCCUCCCAGUACGACCUCCACCGCCUGCUGCAGCUUCUGGCCGACGUCGACAAACUCCUCAAAUCCAACGGUCCGGACUUCAGGAAGCUCAGUCAGUUCAGUCAGUUGCUGCAGGGGUCAGAGGUCAGCGUGUCUCCCAGGCUGCUGCAGUGCACUUCUCCCUCCGUCCAGCAGGAGGAGUUCCAGGCCGCCGUGGACGCUCUGCAGGCCAGAGGGCGCUACAGCCAGGCCAGAGAGGUCGCCCUGCUGGCCGGCCUGUCCGUCCACCGCCUGCUGCUUAGCCAGCUGCUUCAGGAAGCAAACGCCCAGAAGUCUAAGACACAGUGGAGGAGGUUGGAGACCCGAGUCAGUUUCUGGAGGAAAUGUCAGGAGCAGCUGAAGGCUGACAGCACUGAUCCAGAAUCAGCCUCUCAGUUCUUCCUGUCACAGGCCGAGGCAGACGACUCCGCUGCUGCCGAGGCUCAGACCGAGCUGCUGGACGUCCAGGAGCGCUGCCUGCUGCUCGGCCUCGCCGCUCACUGGCUAUCCCAGCUCAGCCCGGCUCCCGUGGACCAGCUGGAGAGCCUGGAGAAAAAGCUGUGGGUCAGCCGGGUCCGACGACACAUCCUCACCGUCGCCAUGGAGAAGGAGAGCGUUUUCAACCUGCCGCCGCCCGCCGCCACGCCUGAAAUGAACACAUACGAAGGGCUCAUGAAGGAGUUCUCCUUCUCUAACAUAUCGGCUCUGAACACAGAGCGGUGCCUCAGUCUGGACGGACUCCCAGCUCCCUCUGAGGAGCAGGAGGAGCUGGGUGUCACCUCAGGGCUGAGUCCAGAGGAGAGGAGGGUUCUGGCUGCACUCAUCGGUCAGUUAUUAGAUGAUGGCAGCAUCCACGAAGCCAGCCGCGUCUGCCGCUAUUUCUCCCUGCAUCACCCGGACAUGAGGGUGGUGCUGCGCUGCCGGGGUCUGGCGUCCGGAGAACUCAGCCUGGAACCGCAGGAAGAAGCAUCAGAAGCUCUGCAGAGGAAGAGCUUUACCACCUCUCCCUCACUGAGCAGCCUGUCCUCGUUCAUCAUGCUCCCCGGCCCCGAGGACGAGGUCGCCGUCCAGCUCCAGAACCUGGUGGAUCAGUGUCGCCACGGCAGCAACUACUGUAAACAAGUCCUCAGCCUCUACCAGCUCUCCAAGGAGCUGCAGAGCUCCUUCAGUCAGAUCUGCGGGGAGGAGCCUCGCUCCGUGUUGGAGAUGCUGCUGCUGUCGGAUCAGCCCGAGCGCUUCAGAAAGGCUCAGGCCUUCAUCAGAGCUCAGGGUCUCUCUGCAGACACCGUGGCCGAGCUGGUCUCCUCCGCUGUGGUCCAGGCGCUGCUGGCCUCCACCCAGGAGCUCCAGCCUGAGAAGCAGGUGUUCAGGCCGUCAGAGGGGCGGGACUCCCUGAUCCAGCUGAUCAAACUGUGUGACGACCCGAACCUGGUGGGAGUCAAACUGCUGGAGAACCUCAACGCUGUUCCACUAAGAGACCUGAGCUGCAUCGUGGAGUCGCUGAUCGUGGCUCACGACUGUUUCAGCCUCACCUGUAACAUGGAGGGGAUUGUCAGGGUGCUCCAAGCCGCCCGUCACCUCAGCCACACCUACCUGGCCCCAGGAGAGCACUACAGCCUGCUGGUGCGUCUGCUGACAGGUAUCGGCAGGUAUAAUGAGAUGACGUACGUCUUCGACCUGCUGCAUCAGAACCACCGGUUUGAGAUGCUGCUGAGGAAGAAGGUGGACACGGACAGAGGACAGAGCUCCAGUCUGAAGACGGCUCUGCUGGAUUACAUUAAACGCUGCCUCCCCGCAGACAGCGAGAAACACAACAUGGUGGCGCUGUGUUUCAGCAUGAGGAGGGAGAUCGGAGAAAACCACGAGAUGGCCGCCAGGACUCAGCUGAAGAUCAUCGAGUCUCAGGCCUGGGUCGUCAAUCCUGAGCUGAAGAGUUCGUUGGUCAAAGUGUUGGCUCUGCUAAAGGAUGCUGCAGAGAGCUUCUCUAAGGACUCAUGUGUGCGUCAGGCGAGUCGCUGUGUGCGGACGGCUAAGCUAGUUGCUCUUCAACUCCACUUCCUGAACCAGGGAUCAGACCUGCGUGUCAUCAACCUGCGACCUGCAGAGCUGCUGAACACCGUCGUAACGCUGCCACGAUGUUACCAGGUGUUUGUGGUGUCGGAGGCGUACAGCUACAGUCCAGACUGGGCAGAGAUUUUAUACCAGAAGGUGAUCCUGAAAGGAGACUUCACUUACCUGGAGGAGUUCAAACACCACCGCCCGCUGACCUCCAGCCUGUUUGAGGACAUUUUCAAGAAACUGGACGGCGCUCCCAGCAGCAUCACUCCAAACGUGAAGCGCCUGCUGACGCACUGCGAUGACGUGUACAGCCGCUACAGGCUGGCCUACCAGCAGAAUCUGUACGACGUUACCAAAACGAUGCUGCAGGACGCCAAAACCUCCAACUACCUGAACGACAGACUCGCCAGCUGAUCAACGGACUCACUGACUAACUGGUUUACUAACUAACUGGCUGACUGACAGCUAAUGAAGACAACAGAGCCAAUCACAAAUAACUGUCAAUGUACAACACUUAUUUAUAAAAAACUAAAGAAACAAGAAAAACUUGUCUUUUCUAACUGUUCUUUCAAAUGAACUGAAUAGAAUAAAUUUAUACUAAUAAAUGAAAAAGACAAAUGAAA